AUUAAGACGUUUACAACGUUUAUUAACCAGUAAAGGACAUCGAAUUGAUUUUCGUAGAGGUGGUCAAUUAAAUGCUAAUUUUAAAAAUCUUCAAGGAAAAAUUCAUAAUGAAAUUGAAAGAAUAGAAAGAGUUUUACAAAGAGAAAAUGAUUUUUAUCAUUUAGAAAAAGAACUUGAAUCAUAUUUACAAAUUUCAUCUGAACAUUUCAAAUCCGGUCAAUAUCAACAAGAUAAACGAAUUGAUUAUCAGGCUAUUUUCGAUCGUUUACAACAAAAUGAACAAGGAUUAAAUAAAUUAAUUCAACUUGCUGAACGUCUUAAACCUGAACUAUCACAAUAUCUUCAAACACUUAUAAAAACAUGUCAACAAGCACGUGGUGAACAUGAACAUAAAGUUAAAACACAAAAUAAACUUAAUGAAGAAUUAAUUCCUAUUAAUGAUUGUUUUAAAAGACUUAUACAAGAAUUAACACAACCAAUUGAUCUUUAUUUAUCAUUAAAUUAUCUUAAUCAUAUUCAAGAUUCAAUGGCACAACUUAAUGUAUCGAUUGAUCAACGUUUAUUAAGACUUGAUCAAGCACUUCGUGAUCAACCAAAUUUAAUUAGUUCAAAUGAUAAAGAAAUUCGUGAAAGAUUAAAUACAGUUGAAGAACUUAAACAUCAAGUUAAAAAUCAUCUAAAUAAACGACGUACUAUACUUGAUGAUAUUCAUCAACGUAUGACUCAAUAUCUUAAAUUAACUGCAGAUAUUAAAACAGCUAUUUUAUAUGAAUAUUCUAAAAGUUUUAAUUCAGUUGAUAAAUUGUUUUGUUACUUUCUUCUUUUUUUUAGUGAUGCUGAUUUUAAAUUAGCACCAUUUUUUCAUGGAUAUUAUCGUAAUCGACUUGAUCAACAUGAUCGUGAACUACACCUAUGUUGUUAUUGUUCUACUUCUCUUGAACAAAUAUGUCAUGAACAAACAAAUCGUUUAGCUGAAGCACAGAAAUUAGUUGAGAUAUUUCGACCACAUUUACAAAAUAAUGCAAAACGAAUUAUGUGA